UUUUGAAUGAUGGCGUGUUAAGAGACCCUUCAUGUUUACAUUUGUCUGUUUCUUUUUUCAUUUUUGUUCACUUCUGUUUUCUGUUACAUUUGGUAAAGCCUGCCAUACUGAUACAAUGAAAACUGUAUUCGUAACUGUCGGAACGACAAGUUUUGAUGAUCUGAUUGGCGCUGUGACUUCAGAUGAAUCCGUGAAGGCAUUCAUUGACCGUGGCUACACAGACAUGGUGCUUCAGGUUGGCAGAGGUUCAGUUGUGCCUGAUCCAGACAGCUGUCCAGGACUGACACUUAAAGUGUUUCAUUUCAAAGACUCAAUCGCCGAGGACAUGAGACACUCAGAUCUGGUCAUCAGUCAUGCUGGAGCAGGAAGCUGUUUGGAAGCACUCGGAGCAAAUAAAGCUCUCCUCGUGGUGGUCAAUGAUAAAUUAAUGGACAAUCACCAGCUGGAGCUCGCAAAGCAGCUGCAGGCAGAUUCACAUCUUAUCUACUGCACUUACAGUACUCUGCCACAGACUUUGAGGGAUAUGGAUCUGUCUGCUUUGACUACCUAUGUGCCUGGUCAACUGCGGAACUUCGCCAACUUUUUAGAUAAGGCCGUUGGACUUGUUUGAGAGCUCUCUCUUGAACCGGGAUGAUUACUGAUGAGAAUUUGGGCAGAGGCUGAACCUGUUUUAAUGAGAAAUCCUGCACUGGACCCUCAGGAGAUGAUUGUUUGAAAACAACUGGUUUUUGCCAAACUAAUAAUUGACCUUAGAUGAUAUAUGCACUGGAGGAGUGUAUAAUGAUAGUACAGACACAAGUGGUGCAGCUGUAUUAUGCAGUGCUGUCUUUUUUGGCACAUUAUUUGUGUCACAGUCACUUGUUAAUAUUAAAAAAGCUGU